UAGAAACUAAAUAACAACAGAACACAGCAUCCCUCGAUUCCCAAGUUAUCCGAAACAAGGGACUCCCUAAGUGUAAGGGCGAAUAUGCCCCAAGCCUUAUGCUGAGGUUGGGCGGGACCGCAGUUUCGGUUCGGACACCGCGGCGCGUCGACGCACGCAACUUCAAUAACAAUCCUUCCCGCUUUACGAAACGCCAUGGAUCUGUUCAUUUAAACAGACAAUGGAAUACACGUCACAAAUAGGUCGAGUAAACGGUGACGUAAUGACCCAAGCCCACGAGCCUCUCAACAUCAUGGACGGCACACAAGCUAAUUACUCCACAAAGACCAAGAGAGGCAUCUAUCUCUCCAAGUGUCUCGCCUUCAUUAUCCUAGUGAUUUUCGCUCUAGCUCUGGUCACUGCCUCACUCUUAGUCUACAACUACGCCGCAUGUCCAAAAAUUGACCAAUUGGCGAACGUCACAAAAUAUGAACUGUGUCAUUGUGACCAAUCAAAACUGUUAGUGUUACCUUUGACGACAGAAAGUAGUAGAUCUGUCAUUCCUUUAGAAAGUUCAACUCACUCCUCUAUGCCAAAUAUAACAAACUUAUGGUUGCCAAAGCAUGUGAAGCCAGAGAGAUAUUUUCUUAACAUAACGCCAUACAUUUAUGAGGGCAAUUUUACAUUUGAUGGAGAAGUUACAAUACAUCUAGCAGUGGUGGAAGAAACCAAAGAACUUACCUUCCAUGGUGUUGAACUGACGAUACAUGAAAUUAAAAUCCAUGAGAAAGAUGAUGACCAUUUGAUAUACAUAGUCAGACAACUUGAGGAUGUUCCGAGAAAUUUCCACAUUUUGACCUUAGGAUCUUCGUUAGAGGUUGGAAAGCAGUACAUUUUAUCCAUCAAGUACACUGGGAUCUUAAACGACAAUCUACACGGAUUCUAUAGAAGCUCCUAUGAAGAGAAAGGUGUUAAGAAAUGGAUAGCAGUCACACAGUUCCAGGCGAUGGACGCCCGCCGUGCGUUUCCAUGCUGGGACGAGCCGGCUCUAAAAGCAAGGUUCACAAUCAGCAUCGCAAGACCAAACAACAUGACCUCUCUUUCUAACAUGAAUAUUGUUAGACAGAGUCCGCACGAAAGCCUACCAGACUACACAUGGGAUCAUUAUGCGGAAUCUCUACCGAUGUCCACGUACCUGGUAGCAUUUACCGUCACCGACUUCAAGAAUAUGACCAACAACAAGUUCUCUGUCUGGGCCCGAAGUGAAGCGGUACAAUCCGCUGCUUUCGCCCUAGAGAUUGGCCCAAAGAUCCUCAAGUAUUUGGAAGAAUACUACAAAAUUAAGUUUCCUUUACCAAAAAUCGAUAUGAUCGCGUUACCGGACUUCAAAAAUGGUGCCAUGGAGAAUUGGGGGCUACUUACUUUCAGAGAAAUAUCAAUGCUAUACGAGGAAGGCGUGUCAGCGAGUACAGACAGGGUGCACGUGGCGACUGUGGUAGCCCACGAGAUCGCUCACCAGUGGUUCGGCAACCUGGUCACUCCAACCUGGUGGCGCGACCUGUGGCUCAACGAGGGCUUCGCUACAUACGUCGAGUACGUGGCUGUUAAUGCUGUGGAGAAAUCCUGGAACAUAACGGAACUGUGUGUCCUCGACAUAGUCCACAACGUGUUCCAGCUGGAUGCUCUCAACUCCUCGCACCAGCUGUCGGUGGAAGUCAGCGCUUCUGAGGAAGCUGAUGCUAUCUUCGACAAGAUUUCUUACGGAAAAGGCUCAGCCCUACUUCGAAUGUUGAACCACGUUUUAAAAAGCGAUGUCUUCAACGCCGGAGUAACGAAUUACCUCAAUUCCAAAAUGUAUGGGAAUGCGGAACAAAGGGACCUUUGGAGUGCUUUGACGAGUGCAGCGAGGAAGACUGGGGACUUUGAUGCUGACGUCGCCGUGGUCAUGGACUCCUGGACCCUCCAAACUGGUUUCCCAGUCCUCACUGUAACGAGAAACUACGAGAACGGUAGCUUGUUUUUCAAACAGGAACGUUUCGUUUUAAUUAACGACACAUUUGAGGCUCAAAAGUCACCGAUAUGGUGGAUCCCUGUAUCCUACACCACAGCUUCGGAGAAAGAUUUUGAGACGACACAACCGAAACUAUGGCUAAAGGGGGAAAAGUCUUUGACAGUCCACAAUAUUACGAUGAAGCCCGAAGAUUGGUUUAUAGCCAAUGUGCAGCAAACUGGUUUCUACCGUGUAAACUACGAUUUACAAAACUGGAAGCUUUUAAUCAAGAUCCUUAAGGAUCCAGCUCGAUUCCAAGAGAUCCAUAUAAUCAAUAGAGCUCAGCUGGUGGACGAUGCCAUGAACUUGGCAUUAACAGGUCGAUUGGACUAUAGAACAGCAUUGGAUGUCACCAGCUACCUCGCUCAUGAGAGAAGCUAUGUGCCUUGGAAAGCUGGACUCUCUGCUUUGGGAUAUAUUGACACAAUGCUAUCGAAAGGAGCUCACUAUUUGGAGUAUGGGCAUUAUGUCCUUCGGCUCCUGAACGAUGCUGUGAAGGAAGUUGGCUGGGAGGUGUCUCCCAAUGAGAGCGUCAUCACCUCGCAGUACCGAGUGGACCUUCUGGCUUCAGCCUGCCACUUCGAACACCCUGACUGCUUGGAGAAUGCUGUUAGGAUGUACACCAACUGGAUGCUUGCUCCAAAUCCUGAUUCGAAUAACGAAAUUCAUGUUGAUCUGCGUGGCAUAGUGUACUGCGUCGGAGUGCGAGCUGGUGGCGUGAGGGAGUGGACCUUUGCAUGGGACCGGUUCAAGGUGGCCACUGCACCGUCAGAGCGACACCGACUGCUGUCUGUGCUGGGUUGCACCAGGUCUCCUUCAUUACUUCAUCGGUAUUUGGAGAUGUCACUGCGCAACGACAGCGGCAUUAGGAAGCAGGAUAUCGUCCGCGUGUUCUCAGCGGUCGCUGGCACUGGCAUCGGCCAGCCAAUAGCCUUCAACUACAUCAGAGCCAAUUGGCAGCGACUUCGAUCAUUUGUUGGAUCCCUGUCUACGAUUAAUUUGAUUGUCAAACUGGUCACCAGACGACUAAAUCAGGCGCAUGAAUAUGAAGAGUUAAAGAGAUUCGUGAUGGAAUCCUGCAGUGACCUCGGUCGUCCAGUCCAGCAAGUGUUGGAGACCAUCUCCUCAAACGUGCAAUGGAGGGAUAGGAACUACCAUACCAUCGUCGACUGGCUUCGGGCAGCGGAUCAAGCAGCUAAACUAAACUAAGAAUAUUCUAGAAUAAAAUAGUCGUUACAAUGACCCCAAAUGUACAGUACCCUUAGUACGAGUUUGCUUUACGCUGACCGAAAACGAACGCGAGUGCGUUGGGCGCUCUAAUUGGCCGGUGAGAAUGAACCAACCAAUCAGAGCACCGAACGCGCUCUCGUUUCGAUCUCGAUAAACCUAAAUCAAACUCGUACUGAGCCCUCAGUAUAAUCAUUUCGCGAUCUGAGUAGUAUAGACAUUUUAUACUUCCAAACUUUGUGAAUUAAAUAAAUUAAUGUUAUUAUUAUUAUUAUAUAAUAGUGUAACUUUUGCACGAAGAAUUCAAGCUUCGAUUUUAAGCGUGAUACAAUAGUAUUUUAAAAUGUACAUACACCAAUAAUACUUAUGCGUCUAGCCUUCUCAAGGACUUUCUUCUAUUUUUGUCUAAUAACUAUUGCGAGACAUGGGUGUUUCUUCAAAAACUUUAACUUUUAUUUAACGCGUUUACAAACAUACAGAUACAGAGACCCAAAACAACAAUUUGUGGAUCACACAAAGAGUUGUUCCGUGCGGGAAUCACCCGGUUGCCAAGCCAACGCACCGACCGUGCAGUACCGAAAUUAUUUCUUCAAGAAUAUACAUUAGUAUUUCUUUUGGAAUGUUUUAUAUAGUUAAACUUAUCUCAAGUUCUUCUUCCUUGCCCUAGUUUUCUGAUUACUACUGUUUUCUGAUACUGAUUCAAGCCAUAAUUGAAAAUCUCAAUUUUAGAGUCUGCGAGUAUUUUUAUGUUUAUUAACCUUUCUUUUGAACAUUCUCUUGUUCUACAGUCAUAAGGUUCAAUUUCAUUGUGACAUCUCUAGUUAUAAUUUAAAAUUAUAUUUAAAUGAAAUAUUGUAUUAACUUAUCUUAGAUAGUUAAUUGUCUGUAAAUACAAAACUGAACUUUGUACUAUUUAGCUCUAAUUCUAAUAAUAACUUUCAUAAAUUAAAAUUUAUAAAAAUUGAGGUUUAUAAA